UUUGUGUGUGUGUGUCUGUGCGAAUGUGUAUUUAUGUUCCUAUUUGUGUGUGUGUGUGUGUGUGUCGCUGGGGGAUGGGCACAGCCGCUAGCCUGGCCUGGGCCACACCCAGGCUGAUUGGGGGGGCCACACCUCAGCAUGGAAUCCACUGCAGCUGGGUCACAUGAGCCCUACGGGCGGCCCCCACCCCCGCAUCUACACACGCACACACACACAUGCAAAGUCCCUGACUGGUUGGCUUUUAGUGUAGCUGGUCAGUGUGAUGGUCUGCCCCUCUAUUCUGCUCAUUCUCUCUUUAUCAUUCUUUCUCUGUUUCUCAUUCCCUUUCUCCCUCUCUCCUGUCCUCUCUCUCUCCCUCUCUCCCUCUCUUCUGGCCCUUAAAGAGCAGGGUGUGACUCCAGUUGCCAGAGAGAGGGAGGGGACAGGCAAGAUUGCUGACUACUCCUCCCUGUUUCUCUCUUUCAGUCCUCCGCCCUUUCUCUCUCUAUCCCUCCCUCUCUCUCCCUCCCUUGGUCUUCACAAGCACACGUCCACAUAGGCUCUCAGACUGCUCUAAUGUUGUUGGUCCUUUUCUCUCCUCUUCUGUCUUUUUCUUGAUGUUUGCCCUGUUGUGCAUCUCUGUCUCCUACAUUGGGAGGAAAGUGCCAGUCGAGUCCCAAGAAGUCAAGCAGCGCUGCCAGUUCCGAGUCUGAGUCGGCCGCCACAGACGAGAUGCCCUCCAUCCAGAUCAAACCAGAGCCCGAAGAGCUGGAGUGCUCGCCAGCUGAAGGAGCAGAAGACUCUUCUCUGGCGCUUGACCUCAAAUGCAAAGCCUCGCCGCCGCCCCUCUGUGCCAUCGACACACACCCUUCCUCCCCUUCCUCCGCCACGCGGGCCCAGCAGCACCACGACGACGAUGACCACGACGACACGCAUCACUGCGACAACAGUAACCACGACGACCACGACAGCCCCCAGACAGAGCCUGUUGACCUCUCCCUCAACAAGCCCCGCCCCUCGCUCGCCAAGCCCACCUCCACCAUCCUCUCGUCCAGUCUCAUGGCGCACGGCGGCUUGACGGCCGUCGCCACCACGGCGACGGCCAUCCCGGCCACGGUGCUGUCGUCGGGCUCCAUCCUGGCGUCGGCGUCGGGCAUGAUGGGCGGCCAGCAGAUCCUGCACGUCAUCCACACCAUCCCGUCCGUCACCUUGCCCAGCAGCAUGGGCAUGGGCCAGCUGCAGACCAUCCCCGUGGUGGUGCAGUCGCUGCCCGUCGUCUACACCGCCGUGCCCGCAGCUGCCGCGGCGGCCGCCGCUGCCGCUGGGGACGGUGGCAACAACGGCGUGAGCACGGCCGCCACAGCCGCCAUCACCGUCCCACUGAUCGGCAGCGAUGGACGCUCGGAAGGCUCGGUUCGCAUCAAGCCCGGCUCAACAUCCCCGGUGGAAUUCCAGAGUGAUAGCGAUGCUGAGAGUGGGACAGAGUCUGGAUCGGCGUCCUUCAGCACACCGGGACUGGACACGAGUUCUGGCGUGGACAUAGACCUGCCUGUAGAUCCCGACUCCCCUGAUAUGAAGAGGAGGCGAGUGCACAUGUGUGACUAUGAUGGCUGCAACAAAGUCUACACCAAGAGCUCCCACCUCAAAGCCCACCGGCGGAUACACACAGGAGAGAAACCCUAUCAGUGCACCUGGGAGGGCUGCACCUGGAGGUUCGCUCGCUCAGAUGAGCUCACGCGGCACUUCCGCAAGCACACCGGCAUCAAGCCCUUCCGCUGCACCGACUGCGACCGCUCCUUCUCUCGCUCGGACCACCUGGCUCUGCACCGGAGGCGCCACGUCAUGAUGUGAAACUGCCGUUGCCCACGCCACACACCCCACACCCCUUGAUAAACGAUCACCCCCACCCCCCACCCCCAUUGCCUCUCAUCUGUGGCAAAAAACUGUGACAUCCCCUCUGGGACUUUGCUAAGCUCCUCUCUCCGCCUGGUCUACGCUGCGGUGAUGCUCAUUUGUGGCAGAAGUGGGAUGAACCAUUUCCAGCAGCCUUCCCCAAGGUUGAGGUAUAGAGUGUUGUGCAUGUGGGGUGGCAGCCCAUUCUCAGCAUAACCCUCUGCCUGUCAGUACCCUCCUCUCCCACCCUAGACCAGCCACCUCUGUCCACCGCCAGCCCAGGUCAGGACAGUUACUGACGAGCAGAAAACAGAGGACCUGGUUCACUCCUCAGUCUGAAGUGGAGGAGAAGAAAAGAAACAACAACCGCUGAAACAGGGAAUCAUCUUUAGUAAACCGCAAAAAAAGAACAAGACAAGAGCAACAUUGUAUUGGAAGAGGAUGAGAUAUGUGAUGGUUUCUACCUUUCAGCUCAGAGGGUUGUGUUACGUAGCGUCAGUGUGAAGGUGUGGAGGCAUGUCCUCAGCUGUCUUGUUCCCGUUGACGUUCCCAUUUAGAUUGUUUUUCUCCUUUCGGAAACGUGUGCUUGUCUUGCAUUAUGUGCAUGGCAAGCCUCUCUCUGUGGUGCGUGUGUGUGUGUGUGUGUGUGUGUGUGUGUGUGUGUGUGUGUGCUUGCCUAGCAGUUUUACAUUUCAGAGAGAAAUAUAAUUUAAAGACAGUGGAAGAUGCUUCAAGCCCUUUUUUGUUACCAACCUCCUCAGAACAAAUUUCAGAGGGGAGAACGUGUUUUAUGUAGUCUUAUCUAACCACCUAUCCCCAUCCCUUAAAAAACAAAACAAAAAAUCAAGAGAGGGCAAGGCAGAUACUCUUAAGACUGUGAAUUUUUCCUAUUUCCCAUUGUUGUAUCAAUCAGAAUUAUUUAUCCUCUGCAAUAUUUUAACUAAUUCAGUAACAGUAUUUAUGUUGUUCUUUUAUGAGAAAAAAAAAGCCUUUGAAAAUUUCCUCUUGCCAAAAUUGGCCAUGAAUAACAAAUGAAUGUUGUGAAUAUGAAGGCAUGCCAGUCAUUGUGUGCGUGCGUGUGUGUGUGUGUGUGUGUGUGUGUGUGUGUGUGUUUCUUGUAAAGAAGACAUAAUCAGAGAUUUUAAGUGAAGUGUGUGUUAAUGGCACAUGUUGUGACUUCUCGCCCGUCAGAGCCUUAAAUGAAGUUUAAAAAAAAAAAAAGCGCAGAUCUGAUUUGUGCGUCUGGUUUUCAGGGUUCUGGAAGACUCCAGGGAGAGCGAAGGCACCCUGAAUGCCCCCAACCCCCCACCUCUCGCAUUUGCACCUCGUCCAACACUUUUCAUGUCUUAAACGCUCAUGUUUCAGCCCCAUCCCUGGGUUCACUUGAUUAUGCAAAAAAAUCAACAACACAAACACAUGUGCUCUGGACACUGUCUCAAGCAUUUAUUGUGUCGGGGUUCACUCAGCGCACACGUGUGUGUCUUAGCCACCCGCUGUGAGAAAAAAAAAACUAUCUGAGGGCGUCUGUGGCCCUUUUGUUCAAGCUAGCUGGCAUAGCCAUCGUCCUCAAUUCAAGUGCUAGUGAGAGGUGGGAAUCAGUUGGAGAGCUGCAAGCCUCUCAUAAUAAAAUGCUUUAUGGAAAGAAACAAUGUUUUCUCCCCAAGUCCAGCCUUUGUAAUUUGAGCGCAUGCCUAACGUCAGUGGUGGUGGCAUGGUCUUUUUGGUCAAGAAAGCAAUGCAAUCUUCAGAUUUUUCUAUCAUCCUCCGAUUCAACUAUUAAAAUGUUACUAAGCACAUCUUUGUAGAAGAGUUAUAUGCAUUUGAUUGCAAUUCUUUCUUUUGUAAACUUCAUAGACCUACAGACAAUGAUUAAUGAAAAAUAAAAUAUGUACAUACUGUAUAUAAUCAGAAGUUCAGAAUAAAUGUAACGGGUGGAUUUCUAUUUUUAACACUGACUAGACAAUGUGAAAUACUCGUUUGUUUGUUUGUUUGUUUUGCUCUAUUGGUUCUAUGAAACAUGUCCUUUACAAACAAAAACAAAAUCAUUAUUUUUUCUGAGUUAUUGUUAUAUUAUUCUGGUUCUCAGACCAUCCCCACUUGUGGUGUUCUUUUGUAUUGCAUGGAGAGUAGCCUUUUUGUUUUGGUUGUGAUGUUGGUCAGCAUGCUAGUGGGAUGGUUCCCGUGCAGACGUGGCCUGCAAAGCACUGGUUAUCCCGAAACAAAUGUCCAAACGUGCAGUAGAGCUGUGGUCAGUGAGGGAUGGCGCUCCCACCAGGUGUUGCCCCUAGGCCUACAGCACCCCAUGAACUCUGUUGAGUGAAGGCUUGGGUGUGAUAGUCUUGUCAACACAGCAAAAACAUCUGUGGAGCAUGUGUUGCCUUUUUCCCUCAUAAUUUCUAUUCUCCUCAACUCCUGUUGCUUUCCCACAAUAGAGAAGUGAAGUCAAAUGUGGGCAAAGGCGCUGUGAGCGUGGCAAACUGUCAUGUUUCACCCUGAGAGCGGGACCCUUACUCCCCAAAGGAUAAACACAGUAAAGUAAUAUCUAAUCACCACCAGGUUUCUUUUCUGAGCUGAGACUGACCACUUAAAAACAAUACAUUUGCAUAAUGUACGGAUCUUAGAAUUAAUUGGUUUAAAACGUGUGUGUGUAUCUGUGUGUGUGUGUGUGUGUGUGUGUAUGUGUGUGUGGUGUUUGUGUGCAUGAUUACUAUUAUAUUUUUUUUGGUCUGUGUGUACGCUUGUGUGCACACAUUGUGUGCGGUUGUGGUGUGUGUGUGUGUGUUUGUGUGUGUGUGUGCGCCAGUGCGUGAGUGUGUGCAGGUGUGUGAGUGUGCUUCCUAUCACAAAUCAAAUCUUCUUUAAUAAAGGUAAAUCAGAAAUCAUAGGUAUUUUAUAUUGAAUGCAGUAACUUAUGGGCCAGUACUAUAUUAUACAGUGCAAUGCAGUUAUCGUUAUAAUAAUACAAGUAAUUAAUGUUCAUUCUUUUGUAUUUGUACAGAACAAAUGUGUAAAGAUCAGUGAGGAAAACGCGCACUUUUUGAUACUGUGAGAAAUGGUGUUAAAAGUCAGUUUCCCCUGUACAGUUGUGAUUAUCCACUUCUUUUAUAGAAUAAAAUGUUUUUGGUGCA